UGCAAAGCGUUGAUUUUCCAGAAGAUGGCAAAGUUUUGUUGCCCUCUCCUUUUCCUUCUCCUUGUUCUGUCAGUUGCAUUGAUGAUGCCUGAAGCAGCGCAGGCAAGUCCUUGCCAUGAGAGGCUAUAUGAAACUGGAUGCGAAGCUUCUGCAUGUCGCAAACAGUGUGAAGAGAAGUACUCCACUUCAACAUUUGAAUGCGUUCCAAAUCCUCUGCAUCCCCCUCACGUUGCUUGCUUGUGCUUCUUCGAUUGCCCUAAAAAUUGACCAACUUUCUGUCUAAUCAAUUUCUCCAAAUAAAUACUGGG